AGUUGGGGUCAGCCUUCCCGGAACGGGGCAGGGAGGGGACAGCAGCGGGCCGGACUCAGAGCGCAGACCCAGAUCCGAAAUUGACCUCGCCGGUACCUAGCGCAGGGGCUGCUUUUCCAAGAACCAACACCUGCUUCACCACUGCCAGUUCACCCGUGGCUGCUGGAAGACGCUAGAAGAAAAAUUAGCCUCCUGGAGGGUACUUGUUGUUUAGGAGGAAGGGGCUUCUGUGAGCAGUACUGCUCUCACUGGGGCGCGCUGCUUGCCGGCCAGCUGUGGCCCUGCUGAUGCUGCUGUGACACCCCAAGGCCCCCUCAGAUCUCUUUGGAGAGGCUCCUGCCUCCGUUGAGACAAUGGCUUCCUCGGGGUCCCAGACAAAGAAAGGCAACAAUCACAGUGACCACCUCGUACAGCCCACCAACCCAAAUAUAGCAGCAAUGAAAGAAGACGUCCUCUACCAUUUCAGUCUCAGCACCAGCACACAUGACUUCCCCGCAAUGUUCGGAGAUGUGAAGUUCGUGUGUAUUGGGGGAAGCCCUACCCGGAUGGAGGCCUUCGCCAAAUACAUGGCCAAGGAGCUGGGCCUCGACCACCCAGGUGCAGAGUAUCCCAACAUCUGCGGGGGGACGGACCGCUAUGCCAUGUUCAAAGUGGGCCCUGUGCUGUCUGUCAGCCACGGUAUCGGCAUCCCGUCCACCUCCGUCAUGCUGCACGAGCUCAUCAAGCUGCUGUACCACGCCCGCUGCUCCAACGUCACCGUCAUCCGCAUCGGCACAUCCGGCGGCAUCGGUCUGAAGCCUGGCUCCGUGGUCAUCACCCAGCAGGCGUUGGACGCCUCCUUCAAGCCGGUGUUCGAGCAGAUGGUGCUGGGGAAGCCCGUGGUUCAGAGGACGCGUCUGGACGAGAAGGUGGCGCAGGAGCUCAUGCAGUGUGCUUUAGAACUGCUCACGUUCCCCACGGUCCUGGGGAACACCAUGUGCACCUCAGAUUUCUAUGAAGGGCAAGGCCGUCUGGACGGCGCUCUCUGCUCCUACACGGAGCAGGACAAGCAGAAGUACUUGAAGGAGGCCCAGGCGGCGGGCGUCUGCAACAUCGAGAUGGAGUCCUCGGUCGUGGCCGCCAUAUGUGGCGCGUGUAACAUCCCAGUGGCCGUGGUGUGUGUCACUCUGCUCGACCGCCUGGAGGGCGACCAGGUCAGCAGCCCCCACGAGGUGCUGGUUGAGUACCAGGAGCGACCACAACGCCUGGUGAGCCACUUCAUCAAGAAGCGCCUGGCCGCCGCCCAGAGCCCCUGAGGCUCGGAAGGUGCAGGUCGUCGUGGCCGCAAACAGUCACCAUCGAGCACCGGGCUGGCUCAGUCCUGAGAGCCGGGGACAUGGGAGAGCUGCGGGGUCCCGAGUUUGAGCCCUGCACUGGGCCUAGAUGUUACUUAAAUAAAUAAACUUAAAAAGAAAUCACCA